CAAGAACUCUCUUCUAUUCAGCCUGGUUCAUUAGUCUUCUGCCACCCUCUGGCCAUAGGCUGCACUGCAGACACCAGUGAACUGAGGCAGCGAGAUGAACUGAGUAACAGACAGAUGAGGCACUGAGGGCCACACACACACACACACACACACACACACACACACACACACACAGCUGCCGGAUCUAACCUCUGAUACACACACCCUGCAGGAGAAGGAGCACCGCUCACAACAGCAGCAUGGCUAAGGGGAAGAAGGGGGCAGAGCCUAAAGGUCGUAAGGUCACGCUGAAGAUGGCCAAGGCGGCGGUGCGCGUGACGGUGGACGGCAAGCGACGUCUGGACCUGAGCAACAUGGACAUCGCGUCCUUCCCCAAGUGCAUCCUGCAGCUGAGCGACGUGGAGGAGCUGGACCUCAGCCGCAACCUGCUGAGGAAGCUUCCGGACUCCAUCGACCGCUUCACCAACCUGCGCUGGCUGGAUCUCCAUAGCAACCAGCUGGAGUCCGUGCCCCGCUCCGUUGGCCGCCUCCAGGGCCUGGUCAGCCUGAACCUGAGCAACAACCGCCUGGCGCCGGCCGGCCUUCCCCCCGAGAUGGGCCUCCUGACCGCGCUGCGUAGCCUCAACCUCGGCCUGAACCGGCUGGACGUCGCGCCCGGCUUCCUGUCUGCCCUGCGGGAGCUGCGUGAGCUCGGCCUCUUCGGUAACCAGCUGACCAGCGAGCCCGACGCCCUGCUGCGAGGCCUGGCCAAGCUCCAGCGCGUCAACAUGGCCGACAACCCGCUGACCCCCUCGUCCUCCCCGCCACCUCAGGACGCCGUGCGGAGCGCUGACCACCUCUACCUGGUGUGCCAGGCCCACCUGUGCCACGAGUGCCACCUGCGAUGCCAACUGCAGCGCCAGCGUCUGGAGAACCGUGCCAGCGGGCACACGCCCGACCACAAGGGGGCACUGUUCACCGGACUCAUCACACCCAACUCUGUGGCCCAGCAGGAGCAGGAGGUGUGGAGAUGAGGAGAGGAGGAGGAGAGGAGAAGGAGAAGGAGAGGG